UUAUUUGGGGUUCGCCAAUGACACGUAAAAAGAAGGAAACAGGAAAAUUCUUUGGUCAACGUUGGCUUGCUGUCACACGGUGUUUCACUUAGAAUCAAGCUUCAAGACAGAGAGAGGUGCCUGCUAACAGAAUUAUGGCAACCGGGAGAGUAGUUCCAUCUAUUUGCUUGUUUGUUUUGUCUUGCUUUUUCUUGAAGGUUUUCAAUGGAACAAUUGCAGCCACUGAUACCCUUUUUCAUGGACAAGUGAUGAGAGACUCGGAGAGUGUUAGAUCUGCUGACAAUACCUUUGAAUUAGGAUUUUUUUCCCCAGGAAGCUCAACAAAACGUUAUGUGGGAAUUUGGAGGAUCAAUGUUCCAUCAAAGGAUGUAGUCUGGGUUGCCAAUAGAGAUAAUCCUUUCAGUGGUUCUUCUCAGCUGGUUCUUACCAUCAAUGAUGAUGGGUACCUCGUGAUUGUGGAUAGCAGGAUGACCUAUAGAGUAAGUGAUGAUCCAUCAAGCCAGAACGUGAGUGCGACACUGUUGGAUUCAGGGAAUUUGGUUUUAAGAAAUGAGAACUUCGAUAUACUUUGGCAGAGCUUUGACUACCCUACAGAUACAUUUUUACCUGGAAUGAAGCUUGGCUACAGCAGAAAGACCGGGAAAGUGUGGUCUCUAACAUCGUGGGUAGAUGAAGAAGACCCAAAUAUUGGGGAUUUUGAGGUAAGAAUGGAUCGUUCAAAAUCACAUGAAGUCUUCCUCAUGAGGGGUUCUGAAGCGUUAUGGAGCACUGGAGCUUGGGAUGGUGUACGUUUUGCUUUGAUGCCUGAAAUGAGAUUGAACUACAUCUUCAAUUACAGCAUAUAUAGCGAUGAAAAUGAAACAUAUUUUUCUUAUGCUUUGUAUGAUCCUUCUAUAAUAACUAGAUUCAUCGUUAGUGUGUCUGGACAGCUCAAAGAAUUUUCAUGGCUGAACACUUCCCAAGAGUGGGUGUUGUUUUGGGCUCAGCCAAGGGCUUUGUGUGAUGUUUUUAAUUCUUGCGGUCCAUUCGGCAGCUGCAGUAAGCAGAGUGAGAGCUGUCAGUGCUUAAGAGGUUUUUAUUCCUCAGAGAGGGGGAUAGGGCGAGGCCAGUCUGGUGGGUGUACGAGGCGAAUGGCCCUAAAUUGUGGGAUUGGAGACAAAGACAGGUUCUUCAGGAUGGAUGAUGUAAGUUAUCCUCUAAGUUCAACUGAGCAAAGCAAUUCAUCAUAUUCUUCCCUAUCAGGCCCUGAAGUUUCUAACAGAGAUGCAAAAGCCUGCGAACUAGCUUGCUUGAACAGCUGCAGUUGCACUGCAUAUGCCUAUAACAAAAGCGGCCAUUGCUUAAAAUGGUUUGGGGACAUUCUAGAUCUACAACAACUUUCAGGAAAGGAUCCUGAUGGAAAAACAAUUUUUAUCAAACUUUCAGCCUCUGAAUUUGACAGCAGUGGAGGAGCCAAAAAGUUUUGGUGGAUUAUUGUAAUCGCUGUUGCUCUAGUGGUGCUUCUUCCUGCUUCCUACAUUGUUUCUCAGUGGAGAAAAAGUCUUAAAAACAAAGAAACAGGGGAGGCAGAUACAAGCCAGGAUAUACUACUCUUUGAUAUGGAGAUGAGCAUGACUAGUAGCAGUGAGUUUUCUGGUUCUGAUAAAUUGGGAAAAGGGAGGAGAAAGGAUGCUGCAUUGCCAUUGUUUAGCUUUGUUAGUAUAUCAGUAGCUACAGAAAACUUCUCCUUAGAGAAUAAGCUAGGAGAGGGGGGAUUUGGACCUGUUUACAAGGGAAAGCUAUUAAAUGGACAAGAAAUAGCAGUGAAAAGGCUUUCGAAAAGGUCAGGACAAGGGCUAGAAGAGUUGAAAAACGAGACAAUGCUUAUAGCAAAGCUCCAGCAUAGGAACCUUGUUAGACUAUUGGGUUGCUGCCUAGAACAAGGCGAAAAGAUAUUGAUCUAUGAGUUCAUGCCAAACAAAAGUUUGGAUGCAUUUCUUUUUGAUCCAAACAAUCGAGGGUUGCUGGACUGGAGAACACGCGUUCGCAUAAUUGAAGGGAUCGCUCAAGGGAUUCUGUAUCUUCACCAAUAUUCCAGAUUACGAAUUAUACAUAGGGAUCUGAAGGCAAGCAAUAUCCUGUUAGACAGUGACAUGAACCCCAAAAUAUCUGAUUUUGGCUUGGCAAGAAUGUUUGGUGGUGAUGAGUUGCAAGCAAAUACGAAUCGGAUUGUAGGAACUUAUGGUUACAUGUCGCCUGAAUAUGCCCUGGAAGGUCUUUUCUCCAUUAAAUCUGAUGUGUUCAGCUUCGGAGUGUUGCUCCUGGAGAUAGUGAGUGGCAAGAAGAAUACUGGCUUUUACCACAGCAACUCUCUUAACCUUCUUGGACAUACAUGGGAACUGUGGAAAGAAGGUAGAGCUCCUGAGUUGAUGGAUCCUUCGUUGGAAGAGCAAGUGUCAUAUCCUGUGCUGCUCAGAUACAUUCAUGUGGCUCUUCUCUGUGUUCAAGAAAUUGCAGCUGAUAGACCGACCAUGUCGGACGUAGUCUCGAUGCUUACUAAUGAGCUUACAGUUCUAAAUUCUCCUAAGGAGCCUGCUUUCUCAAGUGCAAGAAGUGCUAUAAACAAUCCAAAUCAGCAUGCAAGCAGGCCUGAACUAUGUUCAGUCAAUAACGUGACAGUUUCUUUGAUGGAACCUCGAUAGCUACUUUCAAUUACAGCUCAAAUGCUCGGUUCCAAUUCUUUUCUGUUUGAGGCUUCUCUUUAGUCCGGGUGUGUCUAUGUUAAUCAAAUAAAAUUGACAUAUGACAGAGAGAUAGAAAAACUCCUCAUCUCAUCUCUCUCUGGGUUUUCUUACUCCAGCAAUUUUCUACAAGCCUCACGCAAAGAAAAAUUACCACAAAAGAAAUUGAGAUCUAGUUACCAUUUUUGAAAGUAUUUCAUACCAUUUUGGCAAACUCUUAUCCCAUACUUGUUUCGGUAAUUUGAGUAUAACUUCUAUUUU